AUGUACCUGUCUGAGCUUUUGUUAGUUGCGGUCCUCGUAUCGGGUUACGCUAGCAAUCUGCUCGCGACAUCUUCAAGAGAAUCAGAUCUCUCGGAAGGACUUGAUGUUAGUUAUCGGGGUGAGGAAAACUUUCGUGAAGAUCGAGAAGUGAUGGAGUCAAAUUUGCCCGACUUGACAGAAAGUAGUUUAUCGAGACAGAAGAACUUCAUUCCUGACAGAACAAAAUAUAAGGAUCCACCGCCAUUUUUUCCAUCCGACAUCAAAAAAAGGCACCAUCAUAAAUGGAUUUGGAUGGCUAAGAAAGAUACAAUGGUAAAACUUAUGUACUUGUGGGCAUUUUUCUAG